AUGAAUACCGAAGCGUACCGGCGCAUACUGGGCCAAGUGGAAACCCGCGUUGGCCUCGAUUCACAACAGCAUUCUACUUUGCGACAGCUCAAAGACCGCGCCGUUGGCCCGAUAGGCAUCAUCGUAACCCUCAUCGUCGUCCUCGUCAGCUGGAUCUAUCAGAUUGCUAAACGGCAAGGGAGGGUCCCUGAUUUGUCACAGCUUAUCUGGAAAAUACUCGUGGCUAUCACUCCGGCCAGGCUGCUUUACGCCAUGGACGACUUUCUCAACCCCUCCCUUUUUCCGCGGCCCCCGUCGGCCGAUAGACCUACGACUCAUGAAGCUAAGAGUGAUGUUCUUAAGAAGAUGUUGGGCUUGGAGACGGCGGCAGGAAUUUUGAACUCGGGCAUUGAAGCGGGGCGCAAGAGCUUGACUACCCUGUCAACUGCAGCGUUGAAUGUGGCACGUAAAAGCUCGCCAGACCAGCCUCCGGGACUUUUGAACAUGGACAACUCUUGCUUUCAGAACAGCAUCCUUCAGGGACUCGCGUCUUUGAGGCCCUUUCCAGGAUAUCUCUCAGCAGUCUCUUCAGCCAUGACUUCAGCCGACAGCUUCACGAUCAGCAAGCUUCAUAAGCUGGUUCUGGAUCUUAACAACCUGUCGAACAACGGGAGAACGCUGGGCACGCCGGCCGUUUUGAAGAAGAUGAAUACCUGGCAACAACAGGAUGCCCAGGAAUAUUACUCCAAGCUUCUCGAUCAGAUCAGCAAGGAGGUCGCAAAAAGCUUGAAGAAUCCUCAGAAUUCCCCGGCAUUAGAGCUUGAUUGGUCGCGCGACGACUCGGACUCGAGCCAACACAGCGAUGACAGCGGGUACCAUAGCAUGGAGAGUCAGUCCAAGUAUGGGCAAGAUAUCCGCGUGACUCGAAACCCCCUGGAAGGCCUCAUCGCCCAGCGUGUAGCAUGUGUCUCAUGCGGCUACUGCAGUGGCCUGGACAUGAUUCCCUUCAACUGUUUGACCCUCAACCUUGGAAAGCGGAUGGAGCAUGAUCUUUAUGAGAGACUGGAUGCUUAUACCAGCCUUGAGGCGAUCCAGGACGUCGAGUGUACCAAAUGCACCUUGCUUAACUCCCGCAGUGGUCUCCAGGCUCUCGCGGAGCGAGCCAACAUUCCUGGUUUGGCGGAAAGAAUUCAGAUUAUUGAGGAGGCGUUGGAGGAGGAGGAUUUCAAAGAUGAUACGCUGAAGAAGUGCAACAUCCCUCGGACACAGCGGAAGAGUUCUACCAAGACUAAGCAAACGUCUAUCGCCCGGCCACCGCAAAGCUUGGUUUUCCACAUCAACAGGUCAGUGUUUGACGAACGUACUGGUCGGUUAUACAAAAACGGAGCAAAUGUUCGGUUCCCGAUGGAGCUUGACCUGGGCCCUUGGUGUGUUGGGAGUGCGGCAGGCCUGACGGGUCGGGAUCUGAGUUCGGAUCGGGAGGAGUGGAUUACAGACCCUCGCUCGUCGAUGGUGGCGGGAGGAGAAAGGACGUCCCGGAUUACCGGUCCGAUAUACACAUUACGGGCGGUGGUUGCUCACUAUGGUAGACAUGAGAAUGGGCACUAUGUCUGCUUUCGGAAACACCCCAAGUCAUCAUCACCGCCAGCGGCGGCACCAGAAGUGGGAGGAGCGACGGAUGAGCCGCCUAAGCUUGCGUCGGAGAAGGACAUGUCUGCGGAUGCACCCUCGACACCGGUGACUCGUGGGACUCUGGAGGAGGAUCUGGAGGAGGAGCAGUGGUGGUCACUGAGUGAUGAGGAUGUCGCCAGGGUGGAUGAGGAUACGGUGCUGGCGCAGGGCGGGGUGUUUAUGCUGUUUUAUGACUGUGUUGAUCCUGAGCAGAGUUUGAUGACUGCUGAGCUUGCGAGUUGUGAUGAGAUGCAAGAGGGGGAGGUUCAAGGGCCGAUGUCGUCGUUUUUGAAGGUCGAUUGUCCAGAAGGGGAAAUCCAGGGGCCGAUGUCGUUUUUGAAGGUUGAUGGUCCGGAAACGCCGGCGAUAUCAACGGAGGGUGAUGCGUCGUUGUCAGAAGCUGCGGCGAUACCGUUACCUGACGGCAAUGAUAGUGACUACUGA